ACACAAUUUACCGUAACACCACGUGUGCUGUCGUCUUCAACCAGGAAGAGGAACUGGAUUCUGUCGGUAAAGCCAACUUUAUAGUUGCGUGUGGGUCUUCUCUUGUCUUUAACGACCACGAACGCAAGCUACUAUGACACAUUUAAGACUGCUGCCUCUGAUUUUGACUUUGUGGGCUGUUUCUUUCGGCGAUGACACGAGCAAUAAGCCCACCGUCACUAAACACCCCGCACUCAGAAACACUUCCAGCAUCAGCAUCAGCAACGUAACAGAAGAGUCUCAUAAAUCUGACACCACCAAAAACUCAAAAAUGGGAUUCAACCUGAACAGCGCGAUGAUAAACCGGGCUCUGUAUGUUCUGAUCGGGAUCACGGCAAUCGGAGUUCUGUAUUUCUUAGUGAGAGCGGUCCGUCUAAAGAAAACGGGUAUUCAAAGGAAGAAAUAUGGGCUCCUGUCAAACUACGACGACACGAUGGAAAUGGCCCACCUGGAAAGCGACGAGGACGAUACCACCGUCUAUGAAGCCAAAUCUUUGAGAAGAUGAAUCUCUGGGGGUGUUUGAUACCGUCAGAAAUGUAAUACGAUGAUGACAAUCCCAUUAUUUCCACCAAAAUGGUUGUUGAAUGAUUGUUGUCGUUUUCUACAACCGCGAGGAUCUAGUCGCUGUGCUUGGAUGCCUUUUACCAAGAUUAAGUGGAAUGUGUAGGUUUAGGUAUAUUUUGGACGGAUAUGACCAAAUAGAUCUUCUUGGACGUUUCUUGGAAGGUCAUAAAUGUUUUUGUUGUGGCAGGAAGUCAAAACUGUGUUUUGUGCCAAAGUUACUUAUGCAUCAUUUUUAGAGGUUUAAAACUCUUGUCCCAGUUGACACGUUAAAAAAUUAAUACUGUAAACAAUUUUUUCCCUCGUCUCCAGUCCACCGACACUUUAAAAGGCCUGAAAGCUGUUUGCUGAUUUCUAUGUCUAUUAUAUUGUUUGGACUAUCUAAAUUCGUUGGGUUUUUUAGGUGGACUGUCGAAUUAAGAGAGAGGUUUUUUUUUAAAAAUGCAUUCUUCUUUUUUUCGUCUUUCUUUCCUUACUGUACGGGGACUGUUCUGGGUGUUGAUUUCAGAUGUGAUCUGAUAAAUUCAUCGAGGCCGCGCGCAUGAUUCUGCCAAAUACCAGCGUAUGUAAGAGAUGCACUUUGAUUUUUAGGGUUUAAAAACUACAACAGCAACGUGUGAUAUUUUCCGACGUGGUGACACUCCUGACUGCUCAUCAUUGCACCGUUUCAAGAUUGUUUGCGUAAAUAAAAGGAAUUAAUUUUUAGAGACUAAACAUUGCCACGCAGUGCUGGUUCCACAUGCAGAUGUGCUUCUGUGUUUAGUGUUACUCGGCAUGAUCUCUGAGGUUUUGUGAGACGCGAUGGGUGCAAUACUGCAUUGUGUAAUGGAAGUGGUGUAAUAUGCUGGGAAGCCAAGAGGAAGCCAUCUUGAGGUAUAUGGAUCCAAUAUCAGCAUUCUUACAUUUCCAACAUUUAAGGUGUGUGUGUGUGUGUGUGUGUGUGUGUGUGUGUGCGCGUCGAUAACAUGGUAUUUUUUUCAAGUACACUCACUGAUUUUUGACAGCAAUGCAUGAAGUGUCACUGUAUCGAUAUUUAAUGUACAUAAUUUCAAUGAUUCCUGAAGUGUGCCUUUCAUUCAUUCCCUUUUUGUAAUUCCGUUUGAUUGAAUGUGAUUUGGGAUCUUUUGUAAUUAAAUUCUCUUCUCUAUUUUCA